GGGGCUCCGGAGGGACGUCAUGGAUCCUCCAGCAGUGACCGGGAGCGGUUUUGGUGACCGUUAUAUAAUCACGGACUAUAAUGACAACUUUACGGAACCAACUGGAGCUCUGUCGAACAGAACCGGAGAGCAGCUCGCGGCCAGCGAGAGAACGUUUAUGAUCAUCGCCAUCUCCGUCACGGCGAUUUACUCCGCCAUCUGCGCGCUGGGACUGCUGGGAAACGUACUGGUCAUGUAUGGAGUGGUGAGGUACACUAAGAUGAAGACUGCAACCAACAUUUACAUCUUUAAUUUGGCUAUGGCAGACGCUUUGGCCACCAGCACACUGCCGUUCCAGAGUGCCAAGUAUCUGAUGAGGACCUGGCCUUUUGGGGAGCUGUUGUGUAAAAUAAUCAUUGCUAUUGACUACUACAACAUGUUUACCAGUAUCUUUACUCUAACAAUGAUGAGUGUAGAUCGCUACAUUGCUGUGUGUCACCCAGUUAGGGCUCUUGAAUUCAGGACCCCCGUCAAAGCAAAGAUCAUCAACGUCUGCAUUUGGAUCCUGGCAUCUGCCGUAGGUAUUCCAAUCAUGAUAGUUGCUGUAACCGUGAGAGACAAUGGUAACACCACCUGUAUGCUGAAAUUCCCUGAACCUGGGCAGUACUAUGACAAUGUGAUGAAGAUUUGUGUGUUCAUCUUUGCCUUUGUGGUGCCUGUUUUGGUGAUCUCAGUCUGCUAUGGGCUGAUGAUUCUGCGGCUGAAAAGUGUACGCUUGCUCUCUGGUUCCAAAGAGAAAGACAAGAAUUUGCGCCGCAUUACCCAUAUGGUGCUGGUAGUGGUGGCAGCCUUCAUCAUCUGCUGGACACCCAUCCAUAUUUUCAUCAUAAUAAAGGCCUUUAUAAAAAUUGACCAGAAAAACCCACUUGUGGUCAUUAGCUGGCACUUAUGCAUUGCUCUGGGCUACAUGAACAGCAGCCUAAACCCAGUGCUCUAUGCUUUCCUGGAUGAGAACUUCAAAAGAUGCUUUCGAGAAUUUUGCCUGCCCUUUCGCUCUCACAUGGACCAGCGCAGGUUUUCCCAAAAUCGCAACACUAUGAGGGAACCCGCCUCGGUCUGUGGCUUAGUAGAUUCAGUGAGAAAGGCCACAUGACUAGUCCUGGUCCAGGGAUCACCAAAUAGAAGCCAACACGACCUACAGUCUGAGUGGACUCAAAUCUCCACUACUGAGUUUUGAGUCGCCCAGUAAUUUUUUGUUAAAGAUGAGGACAGUUAAAACUGAAUUCACAUAAGCCGUAACAUAUGGAAUGGCCAGAAAAAGCUUAAGAGAGAUGUCAGGUUCAGAAUAAACUCUUGUUGAUUUUCAUAUGACUUCUCAAUGUAAAAUCAACAUCUUUUUGGACAAAAUCAUAUUAGAAUUAUAGACCCUUAACUGUCAGCCCAAUUUUUAUUCAAUAACGAUAUACUCUGAUCAACCAUAACGUUAAAUCCACUGGCAGGUGAAGUGAAUAGCGCUAGUUUUCUUGUUACAAUGGCAUCUGUUGAGUGGUGGGAUUUAGUACACAGAAUGUAAACAUCAAGUUGAUGUAUUGGAAGCAGAAA